CUGCGGAAACUGGAAGGAUUAGCGGUCCAGGCAGUGCCCAGGGCAGGACGAUGGCCAGUAGAGGCAGCGACCUCAGCACCAGUAUGUCUGCACAAGAUGAGGACAUAGAAAACAAAAGUAUCAAUGACAUUGCACUCAAAUACUUCAAAAAAUAUAAGGUGGAGAUUUCAGAUGCAAUAAGAACAACAUUUCCUUUCCUCGAACUUCUCCGUGACCAUGAGUUCAUCACCAAUGAAAUGUAUGAAGAUUCUCAAGAAUCUUUUAAAAAAUGGUGUCCUGUACAUCAAGUCAUAUAUAAUGUUCUCAGUGAACUGGAGAAGAAAUUCGACAUGUCUCUUCUGGGAAUACUGUUCAGCAAGACCAUCAUGAAGAAUUACCCUGAUUUAUUUCGCAUUUAUAAAAUAUUCUACAAAGCCAUACCAGACAUAGAAUUCCUCCUAAAAAUUGAUGGAGAAGAAAAUGAGGAGAGGCCUAAUGACCAACUAAGCCUGGAACAAGGAACUGGUGGUAGUUCAUAUCCAAGACUGAUGUGGUUAGGCCCAGAUGCCUGGAAUUACAAUGAUACAGCCCCACCUGAACCUGGACCCUUAGAGCACCGCCAUGACACACAAGAGAUAAAUGAAACUGAAACAGAUACAACCAGUGACAAUGAGGAUGCACUAAAAAACCAACAAACAAAUGAACAACGUGCCCAAGAGUCUAAGACAGCAGGAGCAGAGCUACUCCACCAGGGAAACCAAAACACCUCCUGCUCUGUAAACCCAAUGGGUACAAAGAAGGAAAAGUCAUUUUUAUAUUCAGGAGUUGAAUGUGAAGCCCAAGCAAGGACUGACCGUAACCAGGCGUCUGAAGUAAUAGUGAUCAACAGUCAGGACUUUGAAGAAUUUAUUGAUGAAGAUGAACCUCCCAAAGGUUCCACCUCAGCAUUGAAAAGGAAGCCAGAGUCCAUGGGUUCCAGAAAAUCACCAACCUCUGGACAAAUACCUUGCAAAACAGGAGAAGAGCUACUCCACCAGGGAAACCAAAACACCUCCUGCUCUGUAAACCCAGUGGAUAUAAAGGAGGAAAAGCCAUUUUUAUAUUCAGGAGUUGAAUGUGAAGCCAAAGCAAGGAAUGACUGUAACCAGGCGUCUGACGUAAUAGUGAUCGACAGUCAGGACUUUGCAGAAUUUACUGAUGGAGAUGGACCCCCUGAAGCUUCCACCACAGCAUUGAACAGGGAGCCAGAGUCCAUGGAUUUCAGAAAAUCACCUACAUCUGGAAAAAUACUUUGCAAAACAGGGAGAAGUAUUGAAGAUUCUUUAGGAUUCUGUGCAGAGAAGAAGCCACUAGUAACCUGUAGCUCUGCAGUGAGAAUUUCUGAAAUGUCUUCAAGAUUCAGUGCACAGAAUAAGCCCCCAGGAGACUGUACCUCUUCAGUGAGCAAUCCUGAAGUGUCUUCAGGAUUCAGUGCACAGAAUAAGCCCCCAGGACCCUGUAGCUCUGCAGUGAGAAACCCUGAUGUGCCUUCAGGAUUCAGUGCACAGAAUAAGCCCCCAGGACCCUGUAGCUCUGCAGUGAGGAGUCCUGAAGUGUCUUCAGGAUUCAGUGCACAGAAAAAGCCACCAGUAGCCUGUACCUCUGCUGUGAGAGUUUUUCAAGUGUCUUCAGGAUUGAGUGCACAGAAUAAGCCCCCAGGAGACUGUACCUCUGCUGUGAGAGUUUCUCAAGUGUCUUCAGCAUUUAGUGCACAGAAUAAGCCCCCUGGAGCCUGUACCUCUGCAGUGAGAAUUUUUAUAGAGUCUUCAGAAUUCAGUGCACAGAAUAAGCCCCCAGGACCUUGUAGUUCUGCAGUGAGAAGUCUUGAAGGUUCUUCAGGAUUUGGUGCCCAGGAUAAGUCCCCGGGAGCCUGUAGCUCUGCAGUGGGAAGUCUUGAAGGUUCUUCAGGAUUCGGUGCCCAGAAUAAGCCCCCGGGAGCCUGUAGCUCUGCAGUGAGAAGUCUUGAAGGUUCUUCAGGAUUCGGUGCCCAGAAUAAGCCCCCAGGAGCCUGUAGCUUUGCACUGAGAAUUGGUGCUGAUGAGAAGGGUACUGUGCAUCUUGGGAAAAAAUCUACUUUAGAAAAGGCUAAGAGGAAAAAAAGUACUGUGCAUCUUGGGAAAAAAUCUACUUUAGAAAAGGCUGAGAGGAAAAAAAGAGCAAAGCUACUCCACCAUGGAAACAAAACCAGUUCCUGCUCUGUAGACCUGGUGGAUAUAAAGAAGAAAAUGCCUUUUUUAUAUUCAGGUGUUGAAUGUGAAGCCCAAGCAAGGACUGGCUGUAACCAGGUUUCUAUCAGUAUAGAGAUCAACAGUGAGGACUCCAGAGAAUCCAGUGAUGGAGGUGAGCCCCCUGAAGCUUCCACCUCAGCAUUGAAAAGGGAGCCAGGUACUUUGGAUUUUGGAAACAACUCCAUUUCAGAAAAAGUCAAGAAGAGAAGAAGGACAAAAAUGCACAUGGAUGAGACUGUGGAUUUUAAGGAUGAAAUACUUCCUGUGACCUGUGGGGAGAUGGUGGGCAUGUUAAUUAAGAGAAAAUUGAAACGAGGAGCCACAGUGAAGUGCAUAAGGAGAGAGGAUGGAAAUUGGUUCACCCCAAGGGAAUUUGAAGUUGCAGGAGGCUAUGAAAAAUCAAGUAACUGGAAGAACAGUGUGUGCUGUGGUGGGAGAACCCUAAAAUGGAUGAUACAGCAAGGAUAUCUACUUAAACCUCCACGUGGCAUGAAGAAAAAGCUGAAAAAAGCAGAGAAAUGCAAGAUCUGUGGGGAUGAAGGAAAGCUCUUCAACUGCAGCUGGUGUCACAGCUUCUUUCAUGGGGACUGUCACAUCCCUCCUGUGGAUCCUAAGAGGAACAAUUGGAAAUGUACCUUCUGCAAAAUAAAAAUGUCUUCACGAAGUCAGCAGCUAGACCGUGAAUCUGAGGUCCUGGCAAGACCGAUGAGGCCUGAAGAGAAGAUGAAAUGUGAAUUCCUACUCCUAAAGGCCUAUUGCCAUUUCGAGGGCAACGUUUUUCCAAAUAUUCCACAUGAAAAUUAUUUUCAAAAGGCUUCUCAAUGCCUAGAGACACUUAGGAGAUUGGAUGGAAUCAAGAAUAGUCUAAAUGAUGGAUGUUAUGCCCAAGUGGAGGGGUUUGUGCUUGAUAUGAACAACAUCUAUCAAGAUCCUAAGCACAAUGACUCAGACCUAACAGAAGAGGAAUUUAAGAAGAAUUUCAAAAAAGUCUUUGCUUUUCAGUAAACAAAUCAGAACAGUUCACUAGUGCAGUGGAUGCUGUUGAUACCCUGGAAAAUCUCGCUUUCAGGCAGAUUUCUCAUCCCUGCUGUUAUGUGUAUUGACUGCUUAUGCCAUCUCUCCCCAGUGUAUUUCUUUGGGCCAAAUGGAGGCAUAUUCACCUGAAAGUUAAAUGUCUUUGUCCUGGGGGCUGGUUCCCAGCACCAAAGAUGAACCAACCAUGUGGAGUGAUUCAUGUUCCUGUGCUCCUCAGGGAA